UCCAGAGGUGUGCUGUGUAACAUGGAGAGCAGCCAGAUAACGCCUGUGGCUUGUUAGCAGGAUUAUUUAAUGUCUUUGUCUGUUCAGGCUGAAGAUUUACUUUUUAGAUGUCUACUCUAUGUAUAGCAACACUAUCCAAGACUUUGGAUUUGUUUGUGAUCCUCCUGUACGUUUCCCAGUGUGCAUCAGGUGUGGAGGUUGUAGAGGGGGCGGAGUUUGUUCUCCUGCCCUGUGAGUUUCCCACUUUUGAAGAAAAAGAAUCCACAGCUGUGUGGAGUCGCUAUGAUUUCAAUCCCUCCACAGUUCACCUGCGUCGACGAGAAGGCGAUGACCUUCAGAACCAAAAUGAGCAGUUCAGCGGCCGAACAUCCAUGAAUCCCGACGCUCUGGAAACUGGAGACCUCAGUCUCACUCUGAAAAAGCUUCAGCUGUCUGACAACGGCAGCUACACCUGCACCGUCCACGAGUUUGGAGUUGAAGUCAGUCAGUCAAGAGUGGAACUGCAGGUUCAGAAGGUCAAAGUGGAACUGCAGGUUAAAGGUGGAGUUCCCAUCAGUGUCACAGUGGCUCUGGUUGUCCUGGCUGUAGUUGCAGCUGUCAUCAUCUCUGUCAUCGUGGGUGCUGGAGUUUACUUCAGACACUAUUUUAAGGAAGUCCCACAGGUGGAUGUGGAUUCGGGGGUGGAGUCUGUUCAGCUGCCCUUUAUAACCACAGUUCACCGACGUGAAGAUGCAACUGUAGAGUGGACUGACAGCUCCGACAGGAUAGUCCACGUGUAUAAAAACGGUUCUGACCUCCUUGAAAAACAGCACUGGUUUUACAGAAAUCGAACAAUGAUGAGGAAAAACCUGCUGAUAGCUGUGGACCUCAGCCUGACUCUGAAAUACCCGACAAACAGAGAUGCACUCACCUACACCUGCACCGUCUAUGACAGGGAGGAAAACAUCCUAAAGAAGAAACAAGUGAAGCUCUAUGUCAGAGUCCCCCUGGUGGAGGUGGAGCAGGGGGUCGAGUCUGUACAGCUGCCCUGCAAAACCAAACUUCAUCUGCCUAAAGACAGUAAAGUGGAGUGGACCUGCAUUUACAUCCGGACCACAAAGGUCCACGAGUAUGAGAACGGGUCUGACCAGCUUGAAGAGCAAGACCACUUUUACGGAGACCGAACGAAGAUGAACAAAGACCUGCUGAAAACUGGAGACCUCAGUCUGACCCUGAAACACCCCACAGAUGGAGACACCGAAGUCUACACCUGCACCGUCUACAGCAGGGAGGGAAACAUCCUGCUGAAGAGAGAAGCGAGGCUUCGAGUCAAUGUCUGUCAGGUGGAGGUGGAGGAGGGGGCGGAGUCUGUCCAGCUGCCCUUCAAAACCACAGAAAACCUGCCUGAAGAUGCUGAAGUGGAGUGGUGGCGCUAUGAACCUGAACCACCGAAGACUGUUCACAAAUAUCAGACCGGCUUUGACCAGCCUGAUGCACGAGACCAGCUUUUCAGAGAGCGAAACGAAAUGAGAGACGACUCACUUAAAACUGGAGACCUCAGUCUGACCCUGAAACACCCCACAGACAGAGACACGGGAAAGUACAUCUGCAGAGUUGAGAGCAAAAGGAUCAAGAGAAAGAAAACAGUUCUGCUCAAAGUGAUAAACUGUGUGCUGGAGGAGGAGGAGGGGGCGGAGUCUGUCUGGCUGCCCUUCAAAACCACAGGAAACCUGCCUGAAGAUGCUACAGUGGUGUGGAGACGCAUCGAGCCUGUACCAUCAGUGUUGGUUCACGUGUAUGAGAACGGCUCUGACCAGCCUGAAGAACAGCACGAGGUUUACAGAGACCGAACAAAGAUGAAUGAAGACCUGCUGAAAACUGGAGACCUCAGUCUGACCCUGAAACACCCCACAGAGAGAGACAGUGGAGAAUACAUCUGUAAUGUCUGCAGCAAAGAAAAAAGUAUUUCAAGAAAGACCACAGUGCUACUAAAGGUCAAAGGGAGAGUUCAGGUCCAGGAUCAAACAGGGGACAUCAGGAACAGAAGCAGCUCCAUUGAUCCGACUCCUCUGAUGGCUGAUCAAUCAGUUUGACUUCUCUGCUUAGUUUAGGAUCAGCUUUUAGUUCAAACAGAGAUAGAAAAAAUAACAGUUUAUCAAAUAAGUCAUUUUUAUUUAACUAUGCAAAACAUUAAGAACAAAUAUUUGUUAUAAUGGGUAAAGCUAGUUAAAGAAGUUUUAAAGAUGUUUUGAUGUUUUCAAAAUGUCCUGCAGUUAAAAUUAAAGUCCCUUUCUCACGACUACACUUUAAGGAAGGAACUGGGGCACACCAGCCUGCAUGGCAGAGUUACAAGAUGAAAACCACUAGUCAACAAAAUGAAUAUGAAUGCUUGUCUCAAUUUUGGCAGAAAACAUUUUAAUGAUCCUCAAGACUUUUGGGGAAAAAAAC